AUGACUUCGGAAAAAGUCCAAAAUGCCUCCAGUGGAUCUGAGUUUGAACACGGCAUGCCUCCGGUAUACAGCCUCUCGACCACGCCGACCCCUGCUGCGUCAGGUCGCCUCCUGAGAUUUGGAGCAGCGGCUCUUGCUGUUGGUGCAGUGCUGAUGCUGUGUGCAUCCAGUGCUGCUCUGUAUCUGUGGAGAGUCAAUGAUAAUAAUGUUUACAAUGUUCAUUACAGUAUGAAUGUCAAUGGCAAACUGAAGGAGGGCUCCAUGGAAAUCGAUUCGGAUAACAACCUGGAAAGAUUUAAGACUGGGAGUGGAGAUGAAGAGGCUGUGGAGAUUCAUGACUUUCAAAUUGGAAUCACUGGAAUCCGCUUCUUUGGAGGAGAGAAGUGCUAUAUAAAAUCCCAAAUCAAAGCCAACCUUCCAGACAUGGGAACUCACAAGAAAGAGACAUUCAUGUUUGACCUGACAGAUGAAAUCAUGCCAGUGAAGUUUGAUGAGGAGUUUCUGAUUUGGGUUGCCGCGGACCAGCCAGUGAAGGACACCAGUUUCCUGAGCAACAAAAUCCUGGGUCUCUGCGGGGAUCUGCCCAUUUACUGGCUCCAGCCUACCUAUUAUAAAGAUGGGGAGAGGAGAAAAAGAGACGCGCAGCGAGCCAAACGUCAGUUUAACAUGGAGGAGUUUGAGGCAGCUGCUGAGGAGAGGAGCACGCCGACUCUUUCAGAGGAUGACACCUCCAGAGCUGUGGAAGAAGAGGAGGGGACACAGUCAACCGCGGGGUCAGCAUAUAAUCCCGAAAACCCCUAUCAUCGCAGGGGAGAGGAGAGUGAGGGAGGCGCCAUGACCUUUGACCCCAUGCUGGACCACCUGGGGAUCUGCUGCUCAGAAUGCCAGCGCAGCUACACUCACUGUCAGAGAAUAUGCGAGCCUCUGCGUGGCCACUGGCCCUGGCCUUACAACUACAGAGGAUGCCAGGUAGCUUGCCGAGUGAUUUUGCCUUGCCGCUGGUGGGUGGCACGCAUAUUAGGUGUUGUGUGA